UUACCAAACCUGCGCCUCCCCAAAAAGUAAAGUUGAUGGCCUGGGGCCGUGACGAUCAUUCGGGCUGCUCAUCUUAAAAACAACACAAGUCUCCCGUCUGACUGUGUGAUCAUUCUCUUCCUGCCUUCUCAUUUUAUAUCUCGAUCUCAAUUCACCUGUUUUUCUCUCUUCCUUUCUCUUUCUCUCUGCCCAUCUUCCUUAUCUCGACAGGAUAAAAGCAAAACAAACCCAAAUAAAUUAGCCAUCCAUCACAGAUAUCAAAACAACGAACUAAACAACCAUCCUCCAUCACAACCGUCAUCAUGGGUAAAGGCGGUCGAGUUUUGUGUAUUAUCACACCAUAUGCACUCACCAUCGCAUCGUUAGUAUGCAUCAUCAUCGUCGGGCUGGGCUGCACAAAUUCCAGCUCUAGCACGUUGAACGAUCUCUACUUCUUCCGGGCCAAUAUUCAAAAUAUGACAACAACUUCAUCGUCAAAAAACAAAGUAUCCCAAGCUCUUAGCGAUGCCGGUGUGACAGUUUCAGAUGGAGAUAUCACGGCUGCCCUGGAACAGGUCCAGAAACAGUUUGACAUCAAGGACUUCUACAACGUAGGUCUGUGGGGCUACUGUGAAGGAAACAUCAACGACAACAAAUUCAAUAUCUCGGAUUGCUCGAAACCUAAGGCGGAGUUCUGGUUCAACCCCAUCGAGGUCUGGAAUCUGAAGGAGACCGGACUGGAAAAUGGCCUCCCUAGUGGUAUGCGCAAGUCUUUGAACCUCUACAAGAACGUUUCCAAGUGGAUGUUCAUCGCGUACAUCGUCGCCUUUGUCGCCACCGUUGUCGAGUUGGUCGUUGGUAUCUUUGCGAUCUGCAGCCGCUGGGGUAGUUGCGUCACCACCCUUGUCUCUGGUGUUGCUUUCCUUUUCACUGCCGCAGCCUCCGUUACUGCUACGGCCAUGUUCGCUACCGUCACUGGUGCUUUCAACGAGAACCUGAAGAACUAUGGUAUGCACGGUAGCAUGGGAAAGAACAUCUACGUUACCACCUGGUUGGCUGUCGCCUUCUCUCUGGGAGCUGCUCUGUUCUGGAUGCUGAGCACCUGCUGCUGCUCCGGCCGCUCUCCCUACAACCAUAAGAACACGCCCCGCGGUGUCACUGCCGAGAAGACCCCUUACACCUAUGAACCUCUUGGUCCUCAGGGCAACCAGAACACUUCUUACAACACCUCUUACCCACCACCCCCUCCUCCCGCUCAGAACCGGACAAACGCCUACGAACCAUUCCGACACGUCUAAGCAAUCCUGUGGAUCAGGGAUUUGAUCAUAAAUCAUUUUAAAAGAAAAAAUCACAUGGUCACUGACCAAUGACACCCCGAUGAUCCUCACUUAUGAACAUCAUGCUCCUUUGCAUCAUGAAUCUUUUUCUUGGCACUUGUAUUGUACUUCUGUGUUUUAUUAUUUAGCUGGGUGGAUAGUUCUCGGCUUUUUAUUUUUCAUUUAAUCUUCGAUGAUAUUUCCUUGGAAAUUUACCAUGGAUAUAGAUUGAUGUCUAUGACAUAGAUACCCUCCUUGAAUCGAAUUGUUCAUUCUGCAAUGAUUAUUCGCCGUGUUGUAGACCAUAAUACUCUCUUACGCUAAUUGAUAGGUAUUC